CGGGUCGCGGGCUGCGCCACCGCCUCGGGGCGCGCCGGGCGCUGGGCACAGCUGGUGGGCGUAUGUGGGGGCGCGCGGCGUGGAGGUGCUGCCCGCGAGGGCUGCGGCGCGGCCGGGAGGCGCUGCUGGCACUGCUGGCGUUGCUGGCGCUGUCAGGGCUGGGCUCGGUGCUGCGGGCGCGGCGCGGGACCGGGAUGGCCGAGCCGGGACUCCCACGCACCCCGCGCUCCGGGCGGCGAGACCCGGUUCUGGCGCGGCCGCCGGUGCGGGAGGACGCUCUGGGCGCGCGAGGCGAGGCAGUGCGGCUGCAGCUGCAGGGCGAAGAGCUGCGGCUGCAGGAGGAGAGCGUGCGGCUGCAUCAGAUCAACAUCUACCUCAGCGACCGCAUCUCGCUGCACCGCCGCCUGCCCGAGCGCUGGAACCCUCUGUGCAAAGAGAAGAAAUACAAUUAUGAUCAGUUGCCCACGACAUCUGUCAUCAUAACAUUUUAUAAUGAAGCCUGGUCAACUCUCCUUCGGACAGUUUACAGUGUCCUUGAGACAUCCCCAGACACCCUGCUAGAAGAAGUUAUCCUUGUAGAUGACUACAGCGAUCGAGAGCACCUGAAGGAACGCCUGGUCUCCGAGCUGGCCAGGCUGCCCAAGGUCCGCCUGAUCCGCGCCAACAAGAGGGAGGGCCUGGUGCGGGCACGGCUGCUGGGGGCUUCCGCGGCCAAGGGCGACGUGCUGACCUUCCUGGACUGCCACUGCGAGUGCCACGAAGGGUGGCUGGAGCCGCUGCUGCAGAGGAUCCAUGAAAAGGAGUUGGCAGUGGUGUGCCCUGUGAUCGAUGUGAUCGACUGGAACACCUUCGAGUACCUGGGGAACGCUGGGGAGCCCCAGAUUGGCGGUUUCGACUGGAGGCUGGUGUUCACGUGGCACGUGGUUCCCGAGAGGGAGAGGAUCCGCAUGCGGUCCCCCAUCGAUGUCAUCAGGUCUCCAACCAUGGCUGGUGGGCUGUUUUCCGUGAGUAAGAAAUAUUUUGAAUACCUGGGGUCUUAUGAUACAGGAAUGGAAGUUUGGGGCGGAGAAAACCUCGAAUUCUCCUUUAGAAUCUGGCAGUGCGGGGGGACCCUGGAGACACACCCGUGUUCGCACGUUGGCCACGUUUUCCCCAGGCAAGCUCCCUACUCCCGCAACAAGGCUCUGGCCAACAGUGUCCGCGCAGCUGAAGUGUGGAUGGAUGAAUUUAAAGAGCUCUACUACCAUCGCAACCCCCAGGCCCGCUUGGAACCCUUUGGGGAUGUGACAGAGAGGAGGCAGCUCCGUGCAAAGCUCCAGUGUAAGGACUUCAAGUGGUUCUUGAAUACCGUGUAUCCAGAACUGCACGUGCCUGAGGACAGGCCUGGCUUCUUCGGGAUGCUCCAGAACAAAGGACUAAAAGAUUACUGCUUUGACUAUAACCCUCCCAAUGAACACCAGAUCACAGGACAUCAGGUCAUUCUGUACCACUGUCAUGGGAUGGGUCAGAACCAGUUUUUCGAGUACACGUCGCAGAAUGAAAUACGCUAUAACACCCACCAGCCAGAAGGCUGCGUGGCGGUGGAGGCCGGAAUGGAUGUUCUCAUCAUGCAUCUUUGCGAGGGAGCCACCCCAGAGGAUCAGAAGUUCAUCUUGCAGGAGGAUGGUUCUUUAUUUCAUGUACAGUCCAAGAAAUGUGUUCAGGCUGAGAGGAAGGAAUUGAGCGACAGUUUUGUACCACUCUUACGAGACUGUACCAACUCAGAUCAUCAGAAAUGGUUCUUCAAGGAACACAUGGUAUGAAAUGUCACUGUACUACGGAGCCCAUCUAGAGGAGAUGGGGGGAGCCCCUGGACUCCGUGUUUAACAGACUUACCUAAGCACAGAGACAGACACACCAAAAACUUGGCUGCUCUUCUUUUCAUAAGGAAAUCAUUUUGUGAUUUGUGAAAGUGAUGUUGGCUUUAAUAAAAAUGUGAAUAAGCUUUGUACUGAUUUUGAAAACUUUAAAAUUGUUCCCAAAUACCCUGUUUUCAAAGGGUAGUCAUAAAAUGUUAACUCUAGGUAUUCAGAGAAUUAAAAGCUUUAACUAUUUUUCUAUCAAGAUGUAUAUUCUGCGGUCAUGUCUUUUUAUUCCCCUUAGCAAAAAGGUAAAUAUUUUAUUUUGGUAUUUGAAAGGAUUCCCAGGUAUGAAGAUGUUUGCAUGGAAAUUAGACUCAUGCAAUGUACUUUGCAUAAAUUGAUAAUACCUCAAACAUUGGGUUAGAUUUUUCUCAUUGUAGAUAGGUGGACACUGGAACAUUAUAUUGAUUCCUUCAGGUCAUUGAGAUAAUCUAGAUUUAUUUAAUAAAGAAUGCUACUUGGUUAUGUGUUGCUGUCAUAGUCAAAACUUUAUGUUAGUCAAAGAGGACUCACCAAAGCUGAAACUUCAAGGGAACAAUUUGAUGUACUGGGCUAAUGUAAACUUCAACUGCACAGAGUGGACUUCUGACAAUGCCUAGCUAUGGGAUGGCUGGCUACUUUUAGUAAUUACCACAAUGCCUUUAAAACAUGUUGAUAUCAUUUUUAAUUUUUAUCACACAUUAGUGUCAGAGAAAUGUAAUGCUGUAUGUGAAAUUCAGUUUUCAGAUUUGUUCAUUAAUAAUAUUUGGUCAUUUCAAUCCAUGUUAGAUUUUGUGCCGCAGCAGCUGUUGCAGUUUCUCUUCAUAAUUCUGAUUUGUGAACGAUCCCAGAUCUACUUCUGAGAUCUUGUCAACUUGAUGAAGUCAAUAUGAGUGAUUUUUUUAAAA